GCACCACGUUUGAAAAUGGAUUAGAGGAUGGGUGGCGCCCCGCCCCCCAGCCCUCCAUUUCCUGGACCCUGGCCCCGGACCGUUUUUUUUCUCUCCUGUUGCGGAGUGCGAGGCUCUUUCUCUGCCUCUGCUUGUGCAUUUUGUCUCCUUUGGACCUGGGUUCGAAUUCUGCACCUUUCCCACCGACUCUCAGUGUGACUCCGGGGUCGGAGGCGGCAUGGGAAACCAGGCGUCCCGGGCUCAGAAGGGGGCGGUCCCCGAGGAGGGCACGCCGGCCUUUUACAUGUACAGGCACUACCGGCCCGGCUGCUGCCGGUUUCUGGCCCACUGGAGCAGGCUCACCUGAUGGAGCCGGGGGCGCUGGGGUUUCCGCCCGAAGGAUCCUUUGACCUGAGCAAAAUCACGCACCUCAAGGAGGUCCUGCAGUCGCAGGGAUCGAAGGUUGGGCGAGCGGAGUGGAAGGCGUUCAUCGAUUGGCACGCCGAAGCUUCCCGAAGGCACCGGGACGCUCAGGAGCAGCGGCACCAGGAGGCCAUCAAGGAGCUGCGCGACAAGAUUCGCGCCUUUGAGGCUUCCAGCCCCCCAUCGCCACCCGCGGCCCCGGGAGAUCCUCCUCCACAGCAGCCGAGACCCGCGCAGCCCCCGGGAGCCCAGGAAGCUCCCCAGCCGCCUCAGCCUCCUGCCAAUUCAGUGCCUUUAACGCCCCUUCCUUCCUCUUCCCUGGUGCCGUCCGUAGCCGCAGAUGUAGGACGUGCUUCCUUGUGUCCUCCCAGGCCUAGUGUGGUCCAGUACCCAGAGUGGAGGAGGAACGUGUUUGAUUGUAGUAGUAUUAGGCCUGACUAUUGGUAUUGCCUUGCCUCCAUGUUCCCUGACAUUGAGAAAGAACCAAAAGUGUUUAGGAAACAAUUGACUUUUGUCGUUGAUGUUUUUAAGCCCACCUGGGCAGAAAUGAACGGACUUUUGACAAUCAUAUUGCCCAGAAAGGUCAGACAGAGCAUCUUUGAGGAGGCGCUUUGGCCAACAGAUGAUCCAGGGGAAGGCCCUCACUUGGUUUGGGUCUUCCAGGCUUUACUCAAUGCUAUCCUGCUGGUCUGCCCUAGAAAAUCUGAUUGGGGGAAAAUUGUACGCUGUAAGCAAAAGAUAAAUGAGCAGCCUGGCAUAUAUUUAGAUCGCUUUACAGAAGUCUUUGAGGAGUACUCCGGCAUCGAUGACCCAGCCAACGGGGCCACCCAAGGGAAGGCAAUGGCUUUUGUCCAAGGCCUUCUCCCCGAAGUUCAAGAACAGCUUCGUGCUUGUGUGGGAUGGGAAGGAAAAGGCAUCCAAGAAUUAGUGGCCUUAGCUAACUAUCACUGGGAGCAGUGGUGGAAAGAGAAAAUAAUUGUCCAGUUGGUCCCUAGUCAGAGAGGUCCCAAGAGUCCCUUCCAUCCUUCUGCAUGCUUUUACUGUAAGCAGCUUGGUCAUUGGAAAAAGGAGUGUCCUUAUCGCCAAAGGCGCCUGCUCCAGCGUCAACUCCAACUACCCUUCAGGCUCACUUGAGGGACAGUCAUUCCUUAAAGCCCAGACUGGAUGGGAGCCUCCGGCCCUCUCCUCUUGAUGUGGCAAGCCACUGCCACUGAGAUACAGUUUGUUAAAAAGCCAAAGCCUGGCUCCUUAUUAGGAGAUUUGUUUUGUAAUUUCGCCUUCUACCUUCAGUUCCUAAACUGUGGGGAAGAGCUUUUCUAUUCCAAGAUUUUAUUAAUACAAAUUUGAUAUCAAUUUUUUUAUUUUAUUAGUUUUUUUUUCCAGGGCAGUGAGGGUUAAAUGACUUGCCCAGGGUCACACAGCUAGUGUCAAGUGCCUGAGGCUGGCUUUGAACUCAGGUCCUCCUGAAUCCAGGGCUGGUGCUUUAUCCACUGUAGUGCCACCUAGCUGCCCCCAUUCCAAGAUUUUAAUAAUGCAGUCCUCUGUAGCCACUUAGCACUUGGAGAUAACAGAUUUUUACCUCCUAGGCAGAGGUACAAGGGGUUAAAAAACCCCAGGCAUGCCAUCCAUUUCAGCAGAAUCUGUGAGACCUCAAAAAUGGGAGCUGUUCUUGUGGGCAUGAGAGCUGGGAUCUUGUGGGGGGAGGUUAAAAAAAGAGGGAAAGCUUCAGGACUAUCUUGGGGAGGUGUUUUGGCCUGUUCCUGUGCCUCACCCCUAGCACCUGUAUUUUGCCUUAAUUGUUGAUUGUGGGCCUUCAUGGGAUAAGGACCCUUUGUAAUUGUUGAUACCCCUUGCCCAUGAUCUGUGUGGGCCUCAAGCGGAUCCAUGGUAAAGGGGUUUGCCGUUGGAUCCACAGCCUGCCAUGGAGGACCCUGUCUGGUGCUCAUCUGAAAUUAUCCAAGUCUCUCUCAUAGAAAUCUUGUGAAAGUUUCUCCCCAUCCCCAACCCCAACCCCCUCUCCCCCCCCAAGCCAGGUCAGGGCUCCCAGGUAAUCCAAGGGGAGAGGUUGAAGUCUUUAAAGCAAAGCCCUCAGUGCUGUUCCUUGAGAAGUAAACACCAAGAACAUUGCCCUGGACGUUGGCCAAGCAGCUGAGAAAUGUUUUCAGAAUCAAACCAGAUCCUUAGGGGACUCAGCCCUCCACUUCCUGUGUAGUUUGCUUGUUUGUCUUAUAUCCCUCAACUGGCAAAUUACAUAAUUAUUUGUGCACAGUUCCUGGUGCAUAGUAGGUGCUUAAUGAAUACUUGUUUCCUUCUUUCCUUCCUAAGUUGUGGUAAGGAGGCUCAGGUCAGCCCACAGGAAGGAGUCCGGGGGUUUGGGGCAACACCCCGGUCCCUAUGAGAAAUAGAAAUAGACAUUGCCGGGGCGGCUAGGUGGCGCAGUGGAUAAAGCACCGGCCCUGGAUUCAGGAGUUCCUGAGUUCAAAUCCGGUCUCAGACACUUAACACUUACUAGCUGUGUGACCCUGGGCAAGUCACUUAACCCCAUUGCCCGUGAAAAUAAAAUAAAAUUUAAUUAAAAAAAAAAAAAGAAAUGGACAUUGCCUCCUAAAUGGAGAUCCCCAUUAAGCCCAUCACUACCCUAGGGCCUGAAGGCUGUGGCAUUGUUGAUGUCCCAGAAAUGGGACCCUUUUCAUAUGAAAAGGGAAAGUUCAGAAGCCACCUUGGAAUGGCCUUGAGCUUUUCCUCCCUGCUGCGCCACUUCUGCUCCCCAUUAGCUGAUUUGAGAUAGCAGGCGUCUAUGAUACGGACAUAGCCGAUGGAAAUCCAUCACUGGUUUUCUGCCUUCCUGGGGGAACUAACUAUCCCUUCCCCAGGAGUCAUUGGAGGAACUGCUGCCUUUUCCUUCCCCCUACCCCCUUUCCUCCACUGAGCCUCAAAACCCCUGAGGGGUCCCUGAUCACCCAGGGAGACCCCACUCCAGACCCAAAGAGCCUCUCCUCUCCUCAUCUCAUCAUCUCUCAUCUCCCCUCCCCUCCCCUCCUCUCCUUUCCUCUCCUCUCAUCUCAUCCUGUCCUGAGACCUCUACGAGCCACCAAGAACAUUCUUCUGUCUCCUUAAGGACCCUUGGACCUCGCCAUCUGCCCUGCUAUUGCAUCCUGGGUACUUUGGGGUAUCUUUAUCCUGCCUCUCUUAUCCUGUCCUGUCUCUUCUAAUUAAACAUCAAGAGUCUGUCUCAAUUUUCCUUUUGUAUCCCCAGAUCUCAUUACAUAGUAAACACUUAAUGAAGGCAUUUUCAUUGGUAUCGAUCACUCAAUAAACCUCUUAGCUCUA